UCUACUUGCUCAUACAUCAGGGUUAAAGGAGACAGCGAUCAUCUAAAGGUAGAAGAAGAUAAAAUGAAAAUAACCUGGCAUGCAGCAGCCAUUGAGAAGUUUCUAGCAGAUGAUAUAACGAGUGAUAUUUGUGUGGAUAGCUAUGAUGUAACAAUAUACCCUGCAGAAUCUAUCAAGAAUUCUGUCACAAAAAGGGCAAAACUGAGGGAAACUCCAGGAGCUGAUGAUGUUUACAGUGCUUGGUUUUUUGAUCUGGCAGGUGGUAAAACGGAAUAUAUCAUAACAAUUGCCUGUGUUAUUGGGAGAUCAAGAAUGAAGGGAGAGAGAAUAGUGACAACCUUACUCCCUUACGGACCAGAGAAACCAAGGGCAGGAAUGCUAAAAGUUGCAAUGAUGACGGAGGUUGAAAUCAGUUGGGAGCCUCCUAAAGGAGAGUUCACUAAAUAUGUUCUAGCAGUUGAUUCUUCAGUAACAACAACCCUAGCUCCUAAGAGAUUUGUCCCAAUGAUAAUUGUGCCCAGUUUUUCGACUGGAAGCCUCCCAGAUUCUUCAGGAGAUCUCCGGCAGCAUAAGGGAUAUCGAGAGAGAGAAUUGAGUAAUAAGUUGACUAACUUUACAGUGGCUGGUCUCAGUCCUGGAGAAACAUACGGAAUACAACUCAAAACUAAGACUGGAGACCGUGAGACCCGAAAUGCUAUAUUUGAGACGGUUUUAACGAAACCCGGACCUGUGAACUCCCUUGGAUUAGAGGAUAUUGGAACAGAGCAAGCAACUGUAAAAUGGGUAGCUCCUGAAGGGCACUCCAGGCUUAGGGCAUUCAAUUUAUUGAUUACAUCAAAGGAUAACAAGGACAGGAAGGAGAUGGCGGUCAAGCAUAACCCAAAUAUUCCGGUCAAUUCAUUCGUUCUUGAACAUCUACAGCCUGCUACAGAGUUCAAUGUUACUGUAACCACAGUGUGUGUUUUUGAAACGCUAAAAACCUUAUCCGAGGAAGAAACGACGACAUUUAUCACACUCCCUCCCCAGCCUAAAAACAUGGAAUUAGAAAGCAGGUUCCCGAAUAGUUUAACAGUUAGCUGGGAUGCUCCUGCUAUUAUGGUAACGAACCAGAAAUACAAAAUGUAUAUCCAGGCCCCUGAUAUUGGUUACAACAACCAAUACGAGAUGGUGGGAGAGAGAAGAACAUUCAACUUCUCUAAACUCCCAGAAAUUAUUGGAACAGGUGAAUUUUAUACAAUCCGAAUAGUCUACUCUGUGGUUCCCUUAGGAUCUGACGAUGAGGUUGAUUCUGAGGCUCUGGUUGGAACAUUCGUAACUAAACCCCUGGCUCCAUCUAACUUCAGACUUGGAUCUCAACCCAACGAGAUUAUGUGGACAAAAUCCCCAACCCCAAGGGUUAAUGGAUACAAGAUUCGCUAUAAAGCUGUAGAGGAAGGCUCUAAACCAGAAGAAUUGUUUCUCCAGAAUCCUGAGGAGAACGAACCAUGCAGUAUAAUAUUAGAGGAUUUACUGUGUGAUGUUAUGUAUAGAGUGAAUGUCUAUGCUCUGGUUGAUGGAGAAAAUAAUGAGGUUGUGGAAAGCAAAGAGCUUCAUGAGAAGAUUAUCAACAACAGUGGGUCUGUAACUUUGUACAACGAAGAACAGGAUAAGAAAGAGGAGCUCCCAGGUGGGUUGACCAUCCCUACAAUAUAUAAUCGCCAGCUAAGUGGAGGCUCAGGGGAUGGAAGUUUAAAAGGAAGAACUAAUAGUGGUGGGGAUAGCAGAACUUAUAGUGGUGGUGAUCGAUCCUAGAAAUUAUAUCUGUAGAUCUGAAAAUGAUUCAAAAUCUGCUAUUUUUCUACAAAUUACCAAUGAUAAACAGAAAACUCAGAAAUAGGAAGACGACUUUUAGAAUCAAGUCAUAAUUUUAAAAAGUCCAAUGAGCAAUU